GACGAGAGCUAGUGUGUCCACUGCAUCCGGCCGUCAACCUCACCAUCCUACAUCGCUCCUGCCUAUUCGACCAUCCAGCUGCGCGGGCGCCGUGCAACAGGCGAACCAUCAGAAGCUGUCCAGCUUGUGGACUGUCCAAGACUACCCCUCAUACUUAUCGGUCCCGGCGCGAGGUCCUCUUCUCUAUAUCAACACAUCCUCGCCAACGCCAUGUCGGGCUACGGCCAUGGGAGCCCACAACAGAACGGCGGCCGUAGGAUGUUCAGCUGCAAGCCCUGCCGCAUGCUCAAGAUCAAAUGCGAUAGGAAGCAGCCCUGCACGCCGUGUCAGGUGGCAUAUACAGCGAAAUAUUGCCUAUACAAGGGUGACAAGGGAUAUGACGGCGACGGCGUCGAUCCGCCUAAGCGAUCACUUCAAGAUUAUGCACGCAGCGAAGCAUGCCAGAACCUCGUUCAGUCACUAGUGAAGGCUGAUGCGUCCCUUGCGGAAUUCGGCGCUACGACUGGUGAGAUACAGGGCACCUUGAAGGUCCUACAGGCGGCGAUGUCUACGGAGCAAGGUAUCCGGGCCGUGAAAAACUGCGCAGAGGGUCAUCACGAAAUGAUUGUGAAUCUCCUGGAUGCGGUGAGUGACUCUUAAGGUGUCUCUGUGCAAUUCACAAAUAUCCUAUAAAUUUACGCCGCUUGUGAUCCACACAGGUAUUGGAACGAGUUUCUCCCCAGUCCCGCCAAUACACCACGGUAUUCCAUGCACUUCGCAAAUUGUGUGCACAGCAUGGCCACGUCCCGGAUUCAUUGAUCCUGCCAAGGGGUUCGGUUGUUCUGAGUCCGUCGACG